GCGACCAUCCAGUCGCGCGCUUCCACUGCUCCCGGCACGAUGGUGUUUCCGACCGGCAUCAGGUCCAGAUGCGUUCUGACGUCACUGGUGCUGCUGGCGAGUCGGGCGUGGACGGCCGAUGACGUCAACGGAAGCCGGGUGUACGUCAACCACCCGGCCUCCCCCAGCAUGCUGUACAUCAACGAGGCGGUGGGCAGCACGCGCGUCCACACCAUGCCCAACAAGAACAAGCUGUACGAACUGCUGCUCUACCCAACCAAAAUGGCGGCCAAGUCGCUGAAGAGCGUGGCGGUGCUGAGCGGGGACAUAGCCGGCACCCUGUACCUGACCCAGCAGAAGCCCCCGCUGGGGCCGGUCGAGAUCGACGGAUUCGUGCAGGACGUGGAGGCCAGCCUGCACGUGCAGGUCGCCCGGUUCGGCGACCUGAGCUCCAGCUGCAGCUCCGACUCCCUGCAGCUCUUCAACCCGUACGGGCGCAGCCACGGCCGGUACGAAGACCCAACGCGGCCGCUCGGUGACCUCGGCAAGACGCAGGUCAGCCAGCACCACUUCCGUCUGUCGGACCGCAGCGUCUCGCUGACGGGUACGCGCAGUGUGCUGGGCCGGCUGGUGGUGGUGUCGGACGGCGCCGGCCGCACCGGCUGCGGCGUCGUCGGCUACGCCACCGCGCAGGGCUGACGCG